UUGCGCACCGGCCGCAGGUCAGAGUGCGGAGUGAGGACGCGCUGCUUCGGGACCGGUCCUGUUCUGCUGCGCCGCAGCGCUUCACAACACAAAGCGGAGCCGGACAGCCGGAACAACAAGGAAUGAAAAUGGCGAGCGGGGAGGAGGCCGCGCGCGCGCCUGUCCCGUCCUCCUCCUCCUCCUCGUGCAGCGCGGUGGGGCUCGAGGCGCUGUUCCCGGGCGCGUGCUCAGAGCGGAGCGGAAGCCCCGAGCUCCUCCGGAUGCGGCGCGCGCUGCAGCGCUGUCUCGCGCCCUACGAGCGCGCGCUGCUGUGCGCGCAGAGGCUGCUGGUGUGGGAGAGGCCCGUGCACAGCGCCGCCGCCGCGCUCGCGCUCAACACCGCCUUCUGGCUGCUGUCGUCUACUUCUUUGCGUCCUCUGUUUCUCAUCAGCGCGUCCCUGCUCGCCUUCACCCUGUUGGACAGAUGGAAGGACAAGCUGCCGCAGAUCGCUGCGCUCCACGCAGAGGCCCCGGGGAUAGAACGAGAGAGCAUGAGCGUCCGCCCGAGGCUGCUGAGCGUGGCCGAGCUGAGCCACCACCUCGCCGAGAGCUACUUGACCUGCAGCCUGUACAUCCAGGAGAUGCUUCAGUACAAACGCCAGAAUCACGGCAAGUUUUGUGUGAUGACGUGCUCAGGAUGCUUGCUGCUGGCCGUGGUUGGACACUACGUACCCGGGGUCAUGAUCUCCUACAUUAUUUUGUUGAGCGUCUUGCUCUGGCCUCUGGUUGUGUACCAUGAACUGAUCCAGAAGAUGUACACGGGACUGGAGCCCAUCCUGAUGAAGCUGGACUACAGCAUGAAGGGGGACACGCAGCACCGCAAACACGACAAGAGAAAGGUGAAGAAGGAGCAGGAGGAAGGAGAUGAGCCGAGGGCAGAGACGGAGAGUGAGAGCGAGGAGGAGCUGUCCUGCUUUGCCCCCACUGUGGAUGUGAAGACCACGGCGUUGGCGAUGGCCAUCACGGACUCUGAGCUCUCUGACGAGGAAGCGUCCAUCCUCGAGAGCGGAGGAUUCUCGGUGUCCAGAGCCACCACGCCACAACUCACAGACGUUUCAGAAGAUUUGGACCAGCAGAGCGUGCACAGUGAACCUGAGGAAAGCUUCUCCAAGGAUCUCCCGGAAUUCCCCUCGGUGGAGGAGUUUCCAUCCAUUGAGCCUGGAAUUUUUCACUUUCCCCUGAGCGCCCAAGAGGAGUCUCAAAGCCCGGCCAGUUUGUUCAUCCAGCACCUGGCCUCUCCACUGCACUUCGUCAACACGCAUUUCAACGGACAAGGACAAAGUCGCGGUGCACCGAGCGAGCCGGAGGCGUCCCCUCGCACCCUAGAGGCCCUCAGCGAGGAGAUCGUGAGCACGGCCAUCUCCACCGUGGUGCAGAACACCCUCUCGGCCCUGCUGAGCUCCUCUGAGGCGGCCGAGGCGCCCGACGUCGCGGAGUUCCUUCCUUCCGAAACGCCCCCGUGUCCUACAGAGUCUCCUCUCGAGGAAGCGGACAGAACCGGCGAGGACGCGACACUCGUUCCGCCAGAGGACGAGGACUUCGAGCUUCUGGACCAAAGCGAACUGGAGCACGUGGACGACGGCUUUGGGUUAGGGUUUGACGGACAGGUGACUCCAACCGACGCGCCGUCUAGCGACCAGCAACAACAGGAGUCCUAGCUUGUUCCGUUCCGUUGCAUAUCCACGUACCGAACUGCCCCGUUUAUUUAUAGUGUAGAUACGUCCCACACACUGAAGGCUCUCUGUAAUCACUCACCGUUUGUGUUUUAUCGCGCUGAGAUCGCACUGUGAUGGAUUUCAGCCUUUUGGAAUUUCUCAAGUGAGAAAGGAUGAACGCCGAGCUGAGCGACAGGAAGUUUUGGCACCUUCGUGUCCAGUCCGUGUAAAUAUAUGGACUGAUGGCAUUGCGUGUGAGGCUCGGAGCUCUGCUGAAGAGAAAAAAAAUAAAAAAUCUUGACAAAUAUCACUUGAGAGCUUGAAGGAAAAAUCAACCCUGGAGAACUUUUUUUUUUUUUAAUUCAGAUUUUUUUUUAAGUCUUGGACACGCCGAUCUAAUUUCCCACGAUGCCGUCGCUGAUAGCGAACAGCCAUUUUGAUUCUCCUCAGGCUUGAGGAGACGUCUCGAGUAUACGAGUAGGAAUUCCGUAUAAUUGACCCGACGAUUCCUAGUUGGCGGCUGUAAAUUCUGAAUUGGGAAUUUUAGUCUGAUGCAGCGGCGCUUUAACCUUUUAGCCACGGUCCCGCUCUCUAAUCUCGAAACUCUGUCCAAACAGACCGGCUUCCAAAGAUUCAACGUCACGCCGUCGACCGCGAGCCAGCAGAGCCGAGUCCCUGCCGUCGUUUAUCUGUUUUGCAUUCAGGGGAUUUGAAUCUUUACGUUCACUUCAGUGCCUCCGCUACUGAAAUUUCACUGGGAAAAGUGAAACGAAGUUUGGCUAAAAACGAAACCUUAUGCGAAGUCACUGGAUUCACAAGUUGCGAUAAUAUCAACUAAACACACGGCAAAUAUUUCAGUAUACACACGUUUCAGGGUGGAGUUUUCCUUUAAGAUGAAAUUCAAAGUCCAAUAUGAUAUCCUGCUCACUGAAAUGAACUUUUUUUUUUCUAAAUUUGAGGGGUUUUUUCUUUUGCAGACUUGCAUUAAACUUCAGUGAAAUUUUUUUUUUUUGCACGCCACUCCCAAAUAGCGAUGACGAAAUCGACGCGGAAAUAAUUUCACUAAGCAGGAUUUCUCAGCUGAACCCGUAGAUUGUUCUGUUCUUCAGUUAAUCCUGUUUUGAGAGGCUUUGCAUACCAACAUACCGUCAGUCAACCACAACUAAAAAUAUUCACGAAGAAGGGAGUAACCCCAGUGUGACGAUGUUUUACGAGCGUAUAGAUUCACUGAUCAGUAACUGAGAGACCUAAACACUCAGAUUAUACUAGUGUAACUUUAAUGACAUGUUUUAUCGUUUAGAGUUCUGUUGAUAUUAAUAUGUAUAUGUUGUGUAUACGUCUUUGUCGUCUGCUUGGGGUCGGGGACUUUUUAUUUAUCCACAUCUCUCUGUCAUGACGUAAUACUGUACAACUUGAUGUAUGCCUUGUUCAGUUUGCUUUCUUUAAGUUCCACAGGUGGUCGUGUUCUAUUAAAACUAGUUUGGCAUCUUG